AUGGCGCUGUCUAUCCCAAGGGUGACUUCCACCGUGGAGAUGUCUCCUGCAGAAGCGAGAAGGACAGGAGGUCAUUUUGAAACAGUGUUGAAUGUCCAUUUGCUUAUCUACUUUGAAAAGAGGCUAUGGGAAUGCGCCGAGAGGAAAACACGCAGAUCCACUGGAAUCGAUGCGGUGGCAAUACUCGCCCUCCUGCGGUCCAAGGCAAAUGCUUUCCCCUUAUCCAUCGUUAUAAUUGAGCAGUAUCGGCCUCCGAUCGAUAAAUUCAUCAUUGAGCUACCAGCUGGUAGGCCCCGAUCAUCAUCAUUGUCGAUCCAUCACGCUCACAAACUACAAGGUCUUAUAGAUGAAGGAGAAACGCCCGAGGAAGCUGCUUUCCGUGAACUCGAAGAAGAAACGGGUUACAAGGCUCACAAAGUCUUGGAGGUUUCGCCUGUAAUUGUGAGCGACCCAGGUAUGACGAAUGCUAACAUGAAACUUGUUACUCUUGAAGUACUUCUGGAGAACAGCCUGGAAUUGCCUGAGCAAAAACUUGAGAAAGGGGAAUUUAUAAUAAACCGAGUUGUUGAGCUUGCGAGACUGAGCGAAGAAUUGAAAGGUAAUGCAUUUUUGCCCACUGUUGUGCCAUUACUGCAAGAAUGGUAUUUUGUAUAG